AUGAAUGCUUCAGAUGCUGACCGUCAGAUUAAACAGAUGGUGAAUUUCAUCUUGCAAGAAGCUCAGGAGAAAGCAAAUGAAAUUCGAAUUAAGACGGAACAUGACUUUAAUUUGGAAAAGCAAAUGUUAGUGCACAAUGCAAAGAUUAAGAUUCAAGAGGAAUAUACACGCAAGGAGAAAGAGCGCGAGAUAAAUAAACGCAUUGCGCGCUCGGCUGAGAUUGGCGCGUCAAGACGACAGAAGAUGAUUGCGCGUGAUCAGCUCUUAAAGACGCUUAUUGUGGAUGGUCAGACUCAAUUAAAAAGUUACACGACUAAUGACGAAAAGAACAAGACGCUGCUACGUGAUUUAAUUGUCCAGGGUCUGAUUAAAUUAACGGAAACGGACAUCGUGGUUGCUGUACGUGCUAAGGAUGUACAUCUUGCCGAAACGGUUCUAAAAGAAGCUACGGACAAGUAUAUUACUACGAUGAAAAGAGAGGCCAAUAUGGACGUGAGCAAGGUCAAAGUUACCCUUAAUAAAGCUGCAGAUGGUAUGCUACCUGAAUCGAAAGCUGGUGGAAUUGUGUUGUACGCAAAACAGGGAAAAAUUGUGUGCGAUAACACUCUGGACACGCGUCUAGAUCAAAUUUACUAUGAUUUGAAACCCACGGUACGCAAGAUGUUGUUUCCAGCUGCGUAG